CGCCUUAGUUGUAUGCAUUCACUUAUACAGCGUCGUCCUGUUGCUUCCUCAACUCUCUUUGUCAGUGAAAUAUUGUUCUUUCUUCAAAUUGAAUUUAUUUCUCCCGAGUGCAAAACUGAAUUCUGUUUUUGACACGUCAUUACUCUGACGUCCACAAAAGCAAACAGCCAAGAAGCUUCGAAAACGUGUAACCGGACCAUUUGCACUGCUCAACGCGUAGAAAUUUAGCUAAGUUUCAGGGAAAAUGACAAACCAGGUUUUCAUUGUGACCAUGUUUUUGUUGGCUUUGGCGGCCAGAGCCAUGAGUGCUUCCUUGUUGCACCAGUCCAGCAUCGAAGACGACAACGAAAUCGAUCACAUGGAGUUGGCGAAGGCUGGCGAUAAGAUAACCAUGCUGGAGAUGACCAAAGCCCUCCUUCUGGAACAAGUAGCUCGGGCCACAUCAACUAGCGAAGUGUUGACACUCAACAUUACGAAUUUGGUUGUCCUGCUGGUCAUCAAAGCCAUUAUUUUUGGCUUUGGAUUUCUGGGCAGUUUUGGACGUCGGUCAUCACCGCCUUCAUUCGCCGAGUUUCUCAUCGAUCGAAAUGAUGUCAUGAUGGUGAUGAGCUACGCGUUGGGUUCUGCCACUGAAGACUACAACUGCCUCUACCAAACGGCAUGUGACGAGCCAGAGUCCGCUCAGAGAUACAUGUCUGCUAUCAAGAUGCUUGUGAAAGGCGCAAAGAUGUUCAAAAAUGACAUUAGCUUCAAACCUGAUUUCGAAGAUGUCAUCUACGGUGUGGAAGAAGCCAUCGAGUUCCGUAAAAGUGGUGGUCUCUGCCGCAAACAAUAUGUCUGCAAACCGAUGGAAUGAAUUUAACUUUCUGCGCAUCACGCACAACAAUCUAUCGCUUCUGGCUAAACCUAGUUCUGGACUCAAUCGUUUUCUCUAUUCGUUAUUUAUCGUCUUUACUAACUUUGGUAAACAUAUAAGCUAACAAUCCCAACUCUAUCGAUCUUCGGUCUUCCCACGUUCGUCCAGUUUGAAUCGAUCAGAGUUGGGAUUGAUACCUGAUUUACAACUUUAAACUGCUUUGAUUCCUUUCUUUGUAUGCCUAAGAACAUUUUGGCUUUGAGGCCAUCACUUUCUUGUGACACCCAAACUAUUGACAGAGCAGAGCAUUUAUAGAUGUUUAGAACAACCACUAUAUGAUAAUCGUGUACAUAGGAGACUCCCGUUUAUUUCGCGCUGUAUGUGAUCGUGUGCCUUUCCCCAGAAAAACUGUACUUCAAGGUUAAUUCAAUGACAAUGAAAAUAAAGCUAUUAGGUCCCCUA